CGUCGUUAACAUUUUACAUCUCCCAAUAGAAAGUAAGUAAAAUGCGAUAAGUGUAAAUGAAAACUGUCUCACUUUACCUCGGUGUUUGCAGAUUACCGUCCAGUUGUGCAACAGAUUGAACCACUAUAGAUGAAUUGGAAAUACUUGGUCUUUACGUGAAUGUCAAAAACCGUUAGAAAAACUAUGGUAAGCGCUAUUAGUAGAACAAAAGAAAUUGUGCAUAUUUGAGAUUCAAGUUUUUAAGGCAGUGAUAAUUUGUCGUUUUUUUUUUUUAAAGUCGGUUACGGGUAGGAGGAUUUAAAGUGUACGUCUCUAGGAUACAAGGCCACCUUUUUAUGACGUCGCUUUUGGAUUUCCCUCUUGCCCUUCGCCAUUUCCCAAAUGAGGAGAGCUGAACGAGAGUAGCCUGGGAAUGGGUCGAGUUCGACUCGUUGGACCAAAAUCUACCGGUAAAUAUAGGCCCUAAUGACAGAAAUGAAAACUAAACAUCACCAGACCCGAAUAUUCAAGCAUUUAUCCAAGGCAUUGAUUACCUUCAAAGUGCAUCCAAGCAAUGCAAAAGAACUAACUCCGUUGUCAAAAUAUCAACCUUGAUUUCUGACCAUAAUUUGUAAACAAAUACUCAGAAACAUUUCUCACCAAAAAAAAGCAAAAUACCGAACUACGAAUAAAGACAUCAUGCAAACACAGAUUAAGUCACAAAUAUAUACCUUUAUUGCGCUCCAUCAGGUUCCAAUUUACAGCUAUCAGCCACAAUUAUUAACGCUAAUAUCUCUAUACCAAGCUAGUCGCCAUGUUAGCCCCCUUCUACAUGCCUGCAUUGCAUCAUGGUAGCCUUGUCAAAACAUUGACAAAGAGGCGGGAAAACUCCUCCCCUUUUCUCAUAACAGUUUUUGCCGCUAAAGAUCCAGUCCCUUAAUAUCUUUAAGUCUGCCAUCAAGACACACCCCUUUAAACGUGCUUUUCCUAAUGAUUAUCUUUUCUUCAUUAUUAUAAUUAUCAUCAGUAUUAAUGUUUUUAUUUGACUAUUUAUUUCUCUAUUCUUGUUUUUUUCCAUAAUUUUUUAUCAUUUUUACUAUUGCAUGUAAAUUAUAUCUAUUCUUAAAAAAAGUACGGUUAUUUAACAUUGUGGAGCGCUAUUGGAUUUUAGUAAAAAUUAGUGGGUACCCGUAAAACAUUCACGUUUAUAAUUUAUAAAAGACAUCAGGUGAUGGUCAAGUCAUCGAUUAAAAGUAAAACUGACCCUGACGCCAAAACAUCGUAUGAUAAUUUAACUUGUCAUGUGUCAAGUAGAUGUCAAGUAUAUAUUUCUUAAAUCAUUCAUAUUCAUAUUUCUUAAAUCAUUAAGCUAAAACAAGCAAAGAUUUGGUCGUUUGGAGCUCCGCUUUUAGGCAAUGCCUAAAUCUAUAUAUCAUGCUACGCUAUAAAAAAAACUACGCCCAAAAUAUUUCCUUCACUUUUCUCUGCCUUAUUUGGGGCCCUGUGUUCAGAGUGUUUGGCGUGAAAUUUAUGCGAGUUUGCAAUUCUACUCAAAUGCAAUCAAAGUUUUUCCAACACGUUUGUAUGGGCAUUGACAAGCACGAAUCCUUGCUUCAUCGUCCCGAUUUUGGUAGUAUUUUAGGUGGUGGGUUCCAUACAGGUAUGUGGCUUUAUGUAUGGUCGGCUAAGCUUGAGAUUUAUUUUGUCGUCGUAAAGUCAUAUUUACGAAGAAUACGUGGACCGACAGGAUAUCAGAACCGAAUCUAACAACAAAGUAGUUUAGAAUCAUUUUUUAUUCUACAGUUUAAUCUAACAUUUAAGUAUUUAAUCGAUAUUAUUGUGGCAGUUUUAAAACCUCUUUGAAAUGAUUGUUUGCAAAAUGCGUACGCUUGGUGCCGUGCAAGACGCAAACAAAAGUCUUCAAAAAGUGAUAUCCUGUCAACAUUGUCACCUCACCUAUCCUCUUCGCGCUCAGUUGCGCAUGACUUAAUACUUCUCCUCCAAUUGCGCCUAUCACGAGCUACCACCCUUGCCUCCUCCCAAGAGUUCCAUCCUGCCUCUGCUCUCUCCUUUUCCACCGACCGCCUACAAGUUGUCUUAGGUCUUCCUACUUUUCUUUUUCCGUCGGGCUGCCAUGUAAGUGCAGCUGCGCAAUGGUGUUGUCGCGGCAUCCUGAGUACAUGCCCGAGAUACUUCCAUCUCCUUCUUCUCACUUCUAAGCUCAUCCGUGUAGAUCCUGUUUCUUGGUUUCGCACCUCUAUUGAUGUUGUGUACGGCCAGAAGAUGCCCAAAAUUCUCUUUAGACACUGGUACUGGAAUGAGUCAAGAUUUUCGCAGUUUUUAACAAUGGUCUUCCAUGUUUCACCCCCAUAUAAGAGGACAGGUUUCAAGAGGGUGUUAAAUAGCUUGAUCUUGGUGGUCUUGUUCUAUUGUUUGGAGCCCAAAACAGUUUCCUGAAAGCUGCUUUGGCCUUGCUAAUUCUGGUAUCGAUGUCUUUAUCAGCACCUCCGUCAGUGCUUACGCAGGCUCCAAGAUAGGUGAAAUCAUUGGUUUCUUUGAUGUCUUGGCCAUUCUGGAGCUUGAUUGGCUCUGGGUUCUUACAGUUUACUUUUAGUACUCGGGUUUUUGAUUGGCUAAUGUUAAGUCCUACUUUUUGGGCUGUUUCAGAUAGUUUGUCCGUCUUCUUUUGCAUUUGGCUGUGGUUGGUCGAAAUAAGCGCAAUGUCAUCCGCAAAGUCUAGGUCUUCUUGUUGGGUGUAGAACUUCCAUCUAAUUCCAGGGUUGCCUUGGCUAGUUGUUUCACGCAUUAUCCAAUCGAUGGCAAGAAGGAAUAGAAAGCCUGGCAUUACGCAGCCUUGUUUGACUCCAGUUUUUACUUGGAACCACUCAGAUGCUUGGCCUCCAUCCAGAACUGUGUAUUCACAAUCUUGGUAAAGGAGUUAGAUUAUCCUGAUGAUCUUCCCUGGAAUGCCAUACAGCUUCAUGAGGCUAUUCCUAUGCAGCGAAUGCUUUUUCAACAUCAAUGAAGUUCAAAAUCAGUGAAGCUUGUCAUUCGUGUGUCUGUUCGAAGAUGUUACGUAGCACGAAUAUCUGUUCGGUUGUACUUCGUCCUUGACGGAAUCCCGCUUGUUCUUGUCGUAGUUUUGCAUCUGCUCCCUUUUUCAUCCGUUCCAUAAGAAUCUUACCUAGGACUUUACUUGCGAUCAUUAGGAGUGUUAUGCCUCGCCAAUUCGUACAAUCUCUUAAGUUUCCUUUCUUUGGUAGCUUAACGAUUAAUCCUUUUAACCAUUCCAAGGAGAAUUGUUCUUCCUCCCAGAUCAUUUGGAUUAUUUCAUGUAGUUUUCGGGUGGAUGUUUCAAGGUCUGCUUUAAGUAACUCUGCUACUCUGUUGUCGAAGCCACCUGCUUUUCCAUUCUUAAGGGAUCCUAUACUGUCAACAUUGUGCUUUACUAUUUUUUUUCGCCUGGACAUUAAUUGUGAUUUGUUUGAAAACUACGAGGUUCUGGACGUCAAUGGUGCUUUUGGCUGCGAGUUAGAAGUAUUUUUUGGAUCUCUAUGGAGAUCUCCAAAAUGGCGCGUUCGCGUGUGCGUUAUCUGGCUAAGAGAAAUUGGUGAAUUGUAGCUUCUCUUUGCCUUAUUAUUUCAAAGUGGAAACCUUUCCCGGUACCCCCUUUUAGCUAGGGAUUGUCAUUCGUGUGGUUCUUAAGUUUUCUAGUUCCUCAUUUUCUCCGUGAGAGAUGCCACAUAAGAUUGCGCUAUAAAAAAAAGGUCUAUUAUUAUUAUUCACUAGAAAAUUCCCUUUAAAGCCCGAACAAGGAAUUAUCCCAUUGAACCAACGUCAGCUUGCAAACAUACAUAGCACUGCGUUAAUUAUGCACCAAAAUUUGAUGCCCUAUUACAAGCAAAACUGUUGUCAGCAACAGGCCGUCACAACCCUGUUUAUCCAACACGUCACAGUAAGAGACACCGCUGUGCAUUGUUGGAAACCUCAAGGCAUAUCGUCUUAGCGGUAGCUAAACACUGGUGGUGUGAGGCUUGAAAUAGGAAGGGGGGGGGGGGGUUCCUUUUCAGUCUGUUUUUCUCACAUUUUCGUAAAUAAGAAUUUUCCGACUGGUGUCUGAGAAACCAUGUGCCACAGAGUUUACUCUGUUUUCCGAGAAUUCGCACCUGAACAACUGCAUUUUCCAACGAUAGAUAUACAGUAUACACAAAUCCUUAUGUUUUGAACCUGUUGCUCAAUUAUUUACGUACGUGGUACAUCUCUAACAAUCAUGGUAAAAAAAGUUUUUAACGAUUUUCUCAAUGAUUGCGUGCAAGUAUGGAUUAAUAGUACCAUGUGCAUUUGAGUCCAGAGAGUGCCAAACACAAUCAGCAUACUAGCUUUAAUGUCGGUGGGUCUUUGAUAGUACUAUCAGGCCUUAAAGAUUCUCUUGUUCUAGAAUAAGCUUUCACAGGUAUUAUAUAUCCUCUAAAAUUACACUGUCAAGAAGCACAUGUCGAGAACGAAGCUAUUAAGCACAUUUGAACGUAAUUAUAAGCAAAUUAAAAAUGAUUUUUUUCCUGCCAUUGUCAUUGUUUUUUUAAUGAUAAAAUAUUCAGGCAUUUUUUGCUGACUCGAACAGAAUCGAUUGCUUAUAGUGUUACCCGGUUUUUUUUAAGAUGUUGAUUUUAUUUUUAAUUUGGGGAAUUAUACCACAAUGCCUUUCUUGUGGCCGGUUUGGUGUAAUAUCAGUGAAGUCACGUAAAACCAAAACUGGUAGGUGGUCAUAUUGUUUUUUUUUUCUCUUUAUUUCUUUACAAUGCAAAAUUUGGUUUCACUUUAAUUUCAUAUAAGACACAAUAAUUUAAAAAACUAUUAAUAAAAUUAAAUCAAUUACAUAUGGAUAAAUUAAAUUAAAAAAGCCUUCUAUUAUUUACGUGGAAACGAGUUGCUUGGGAACACUAAAAGGAGAAAAAGGCUCUUGAUGAAAUAGGCAGUUUCCGAGACAAAAGAAGGAGAACAUAAAGAGUGAGUAUAAUUGACAUGGUCUGAGAGCAGAUGUGCGACACACGGAACCCUACACAGCGAGAGAUACGAACUUGUUGGACUUCACUCUUCUUUGGUGCGGACGGAUAAAGGAAGAAUUCAACUCAUAGAACUGUAAGUAUGACUGAUCGGUUAGCUUUAAACAUCCCUCUAUUCUAUAGAGUAUAAUCGCCUGCUGAUUGAAGGAAAAACGCGCGAAAAUGUAAGUCUUAGUGUAGAGUUGUGAUGUAGUUGGUAUAAACCGCCUUUGUUUUGGCUCUUUGGUUCGGUCUUGGAUCUGCAAAUAUCAUCGUGUGGUAGUGAGAAGGAAUACUUCCUACACCGAAUAAAAACACCCUAUGUCUGCAAGACCUUGAUACGCUCAACCAAGUUCAAAUAUGCAAAUGAGCUUGUUGGUAAUGACAGCUGACGAGAGGAGUUUGGCAAAAGCAUAAAUGUGAACUGCAAGCGCGCAGUUUUUUGGAAUAGCGAGAAGUCAGUAAGAUUAACGUCAUUGUAAAAGGUGCUAACUAUAUUUCAUGUCUGCUUACAAUCACGAACCUUUAAACAAAAAGUCAACAACAUUUUAACUGGGUGCCAGCGAAAAAGUCACAUAUUCUUUCUCCAGAUCAUGUAGAUAUUUUGAUUAGAAAAAGACAGUAGUUGGUUGUUUUCAUAGAGUUUUUGCCUCUUGAGUUAAACAGAGAAUUUCGCUCAGUUCUAUCCGGUAAUUCUCAAGUUUAUGAAUUUGCAUAAAAUUAGCUUUGAGUCGUUGAUUGAAAUCGUGGAAGCAUCCAACAGCGAAUGUAAUCUGUAGCCCCUGAUGACGUAACCUAUGCCUCCCCCCCCCCCUCCUCCAACCCCGCAUCACGUGUCUGACGCAGUGACCCUAUGCUGGCUGUUCAUCUCUUCCCCGACAGUCUCGGAAGAGGACAGCUCUACUAGCGUCAUUUAGCCCAGCUAUUAAGUUAUAAGUUAUCCCCUCUCCUAUGCGGACAGCUCUACUAGUGUCAUUUAGCCAAGCUCUGUAUUUAUCCCUCUCCUAAGCGGACAGCUCUAAUAACGCCAAUUAAGCCAAGCUCUGUAUUUAUCCCCUCUCCUAAGCGGACAGCUCUAAUAACGCCAAUUAAGCCAAGCUCUGUAUUUAUCCCCUCUCCUAAGCGGACAGUUCUAAUAACGCCAAUUAAGCCAAGCUCUGUAUUUAUCCCCUCUCCUAUGCGGACAACUCUACUAGUGUCAUUUAGCCAAGCUCUGUAUUUAUCCCUCUCCUAAGCGGACAGCUCUAAUAACGCUUAUUACGCCAAUUAAGCCAAGCUCUGUAUUUAUCCCCUCUCCAAAGCGGACAGCUCUACUUACGUUUUUAAGCCAAGCUCUGUAUUUAUCCCCUCUCCUAAGCGGACAGCUCCACUUACGUUAUUAAGCCAAGCUCUGCAUUUAUCCCCUCUCCUAAGCGGACAGCUCUACUUACGUUUUUAAGCCAAGCUCUGUGUUUAUCCCCUCUCCUAAGUGGACAGCUCUACUUACGCCAUUAAGCCAAGCUCUGUAUUUAUCCCCUCUCCUAAGAGGACAGCUCUACUUACGCCAUUAAGCCAAGCUCUGUAUUUAUCCCCUCUCCAAAGCGGACAGCUCUACUUACGUUUUUAAACCAAGCUCUGUAGAUAUCCCUCUCCUAAGCGGACAGCUCUACUUACGUUAUUAAGCCAAGCUCUGUAUUUAUCCCCUCUCCAAAGCGGACAGCUCUAAUUACGCCAAUUAAGCCUAGCUCUGUAUUUAUCCCCUCUCCUAAGUGGACAGCUCUACUUACGCCAUUACGCCAAGCUCUAUAUUUAUCCCCUCUCCUAAGCGGACAGCUCAACUUACGUUAUUAAGCCAAGCUCUGUGUUUAUCCCCUCUCUUAAGAGGACAGCUCUACUUACGCCAUUAAGCCAAGCUCUGUAUUUAUCCCCUCUCCUAAGCGGACAGCUCUACUUACGCCAUUAAGCCAAGCUCUGUAUUUAUCCCCUCUCCUAAGAGGACAGCUCUACUUUCGCCAUUAAGCCAAGCUCUGUGUUGAUCCCCUCUCCAAAGCGGGCGGCUCUACUUACGCCAUAAAGCCUAGCUCUGUGUUUAUCCCCUCUCCUAAGAGGACAGCUCUACUUUCGCCAUUAAGCCAAGCUCUGUGUUUAUCCCCUCUCCAAAGCGGGCGGCUCUACUUACGCCAUAAAGCCUAGCUCUGUGUUUAUCCCCUCUCCAAAGCGGACAGCUCUACUUACGUUAUUAAGCCAAGCUCUGUGUUUAUCCCCUCUCCAAAGCGGGCGGCUCUAAUUACGCCAUUAAGCCUAGCUCUGUGUUUAUCCAUCUUCAAGCGGACAGCUCUACUUACGUUAUUAAGCCAAGCUCUGUGUUUAUCCUCUCUCCGAAGCGGACAGCUCUACUUGCGGCCACCUUUUCAAAUCCCCGAUUCUGUAUCCAAAAACUGUCAAACUCAAACUGUCAGCUCCCCACUGCACACGUGUGUACAAAUUGACGACAUUCUUUGUAUACGAGAUAUUAACCCACAUGGAUUCAAAACAUAUAGCGCAAAAUCACACAAAGCGAACACUGCCUUAAGUCAGGCGUAACAAGGCAGUGUGCUUGAAUAAAGUAAACAUAUAACCAUUGCGUGACCGAUUUUUUCUUGUUCUUUUCUAUUCAUCUCGAUAAAAACAAGCUUGCGCUCGGCUUAUCAAACAGAAUUGCUUUUCCCUACCCCCUAUGAGGUAACUCUGUUUUGAAAAAACAGGGUCAUGCGGUUUUGUUAAUCAAAACCUUACAAAAUAACACAGUUUAUAUUCGAAAAUCUAAUAUCAAAACAGUGCCCCCAAAAAUGCGUAGGGCUACAUUGGACUACCAAAACAAAUAUACAUGGAUACAGGAUUUCCUUUAACUACAAAAGGAACUAUUGUUGCACAAGGAACAAAGUAAAGAGACUACUUGGGGUUCAUAUCAAAUCUGCAAUAUCGAACUUAAAAUCUGGGUGAUGUUUUCAACAACCUUUGAGAAGUGUUUUGAGUGAUUGGGAACAUAUCUCGAAGAAACAAAGCUGCGUGAAUCUAAGUCUUUAGGAAAGACAUAAAGCACUAGUACAAAGCGUCACAAAUAGCAGGUGCUACUGAAUUACAGUGGUAUGGUCAUAACACAUGACGAAGUUAUUUGCCAUAAAUAUCACUGGUAACGAACGGUUACAAACUCAUUAAGCCUAGAGGUCAUCCCGGCACAGGCAAUCCCGGCGCUCAGCAAGGGACCCGAUGAUGCGCAUCGCCCUCCCCUGAACUGUUUCAAGCAUGUCUGAAAGAUAGGCAGGAAGCCCAGCCCAUACGGGCGCGGCAUAUUCAAGGACAGAUCUAAUUAGUGAACAGUAUAUGCGCACCAGAUCAUUGGGCUGGACACCAGCCUUCUUUUAACACUUAAAAGUGUUCGUAGCGCAUACAGGCGUUUUAGUGCAAGAAAAUGGUGCAUUAAAAGUGGCGGAUCGUUCAAAUUUAUGGAACAUUUAUGAAAUUUGGCACAGUGAUAGAGAAACUCACACUGAGCAAUUCUGGAUAUGGACCCACUCCAAAAACUGUAUACUUACAGUUUUAUAGAUGUGGAAUCAAUUUCCCUGAAAACCUGAAUAAAACCAAUACUUUUCAUGUUACGAUCACAAAACUUAACCCAGUGAUGGAUAUUAACAUGAACUACAGUUUGACGAAAAAAUAAACCACGCCCCCUUGAUACUUACAGUUUUAGGGGGGGGGGAAUAAAUUAUUCCUUCAAGCAGCAUUAAACCCAAUAUCACUUAUUGUACAACUUUCAAACUCCACAUAAUUGUUAUACUCUUUAGAAAACUUUAUUUUAGAUAUGGACCCACGCCCAGAUGUGAGUACUUACAGUUAUACUAGAGAUGAGAGGCAAAUUGCUUAUAUAGAGUGCCUUUUCAAUACAAACUGAGAGCUAAGAUUCCAUAUAAUAACCCAUUAUAGAAGAAAAGAAAAGCGAUAAAGGAGAAAAGCGAUAAAGGAGUAUUGGAGACUUAAAACUGCGGACUUGAAGGACAACCCUAAAGAGUUCUUUAAAACGUUUAAGCCGUUUCUGAGCACAAAGGGUUGUAAGGCAAGUGAAGAGAUUCUUUUGAACGAAAAUGGUGAAGUUAUCAAAGAUCAAAAACAAGUUGCUGAAGUUUUCGUGGAGCAUUUCGCAUCCAUAGCUGAUGGAAUUGGAGGUGAUGCUGUCAAAUGCAAGAAUGUGGAGGAUUUCGAGAAUCAUCCUAGUGUUUUAAGAAUCAAACAAAAAAAUUUGGAAGAAAGUACUAUUUGCAUAAAACCAGUCACACAGGGUCAAGUUUCUGGAGCACUUGGGGCUCUAAACAUCAGGAAAGCAACUGGAAGUGACCAAAUUCCCUCUAAAUUACUUAAGAUUGGUGCGGAAGAGUUGGCGAGGCCACUCGCCACUCUAUAUAACUCUUGUAUUACUGCAGGCGCUUGGCCUAGUGCUUGGAAGAGGGGAGAUUGGAUACCAGUAUAUAAAAAAGACGAUAAGCUCUCAAAAGAGAAUUAUCGACCAGUCACUAUCUUGUCCUGUGUAAACAAAGUACUUGAGAAACUGGUUAGUGUACAACUCGCUACGAGUUUCGACUCCCUUAUGUACGUGAACUCUAGCGCAUAUCGAAAACAAUACAGCUGCGAAACAACUUUGAUCAAUCUCACGGAAAGGUGGAAAAUGGCAAGGGAUGAGAGACUUUCAGUGAACAUUCUAUCAACAGAUAUGUCAAAGGCAUUUGACUCGAUGCAUCCCCCCUUACUACUCAGUAAAUUGAAAGCCUAUGGAGCUCAGGAUACAUGUCUGCGACUUCUUGAGAGUUAUCUCUCAGACAGAAGAAAUCGUGUUAGAAUGGGAAAGGAUCUAAGUUCUUACAGCACGGUCAACCGAGGCUGUCCUCAGGGUUCGGCCCUAGGACCAUUGCUCUGGAAUAUUUUUCAGAAUGACCUCCCAAUGAGUGUCAAUACGGAGUUAUCAAUGUACGCCGACGAUCAUCAAAUUUACCAUUGCGGUCAGGAUCCGGGAGUGGUCACAGCAAAGCUCAGUGCAAGUGCCGAACUCGCGACUGCGUGGUACGAGUCCAAUUUGUUGGCUGGUAACCUCAAGAAAUACCAAACACUAAGCAUCGGUUAUGGUAAAAAGGCAAACGCCUCCGUGGACUCGAUCUCACGCAUUUCUAUCAACAACCAGGAAAUACGGUCAGCGGACUCCCUAAAGCUACUAGGAGUUACAAUAGACUCUCAACUCAAUUUCUCGGAGCAUAUAAGCAUAGCAUGUAAAAAUGCUGGCAGAAGAAUCGGUGUGCUGAUGAGACUCAGGAACUUGAUACCUACAAACGCUAAACUAGUUCUCUAUAAAUCUGCUGUGUUGCCUUAUUUGACAUACUGCCACUUGACCUGGCAUUUUUGUAAGGCAAGCGAUAGUAGGAAGCUUGAGCGUUUACAGGAACGUGCCUUAAGAGCUGUUUUUAAAGACUGGAAUUGCACUUACCACGAACUAUUAAUAAAGGCUAAUUUAUCUACUCUACGUAAUCGUAGACUGCAAGACAUUUGCAUCUUAAUGUACAAAGUUAAAAAUGGCCUUUGUCCAUCUGGGAUUAGUGAUUUGUUUUCUAAAAAAAACACGAACUAUAAUUUAAGAUUGUCCGAUUUUGUUAUUCCAAGAUUUCAUACAGUCACUUACGGGAAACAUUCCCUAAGAUAUAUGGGGGCUAAACUAUGGAAUAGCCUACCUAGGGCAGAAAGAUCAAUUGACAGUUUAAAAAGUUUUAAAGUGACUAUGAGAAAAAAGGAUUUCGAAUUUAUAGAAAAUUGUAAGGGCUGUGCCCUAUGUUCCGCAUGAUAAUUUUCAAAUCUAGUCAUUUUUUCUUCAUAAUUUCAUAUAGAUUACAAUCAAUUUACAUGUAUUUAUAUAUAUAUAUAUAUAUUUAUUUAGCUUUAUCAGUAAGAAUCUACAAUUUUAAAUUUUUAAUAAUCAGUAUAAUUUUUAUAAUUUUAUCUUUUUUUUGUGUCCCCCAAUUAGUAGGGGUUUUAUCCCCGGCUAGAGGUUGUUUAUGACACUUUAAUAAAGUUUCUAUCUAUCUAUCAUAAUGGCAUAUUGCAAGACAUUCCUAACCAUAUAGCCACGCCCCUAUUGUACUUACAGUUAUACUAGAGAUUACAUGAAGGCGGUAUAUCGCUUAUAUAGAGUGCCUUUCAAUACGAACUGCGAGCUACAAAUGCACAUACUUAAUUAUAUUGGUAUAUUGCAGGAUAUAGUCGAGCGUAUAACCACGCCCAUAUAGCACUUACAGUUAUACUAGAGACAGCAUAAGCGUAAAAUAUAACAUGCAUAUAGCACGCUCAUAAUGAUCAAUAAAAGCACAGAAUCGUUGUUCGACAGGAGUAGUCUUGUUGCGUAUAUAAUACCACGAUGUCACAAGUGUACUUACAGUGCUAUCAGAAAUGAGAUAAUUGUUAUCAUUAGCUGUGAAUUGGACUUCUCCGGAUGCAAGUGUGGUGAAUAAUUGCGACGUUGAAUAAAUGGCCAGGGAGGUGUUGAGAUAGUAAUCGGAGCACUGCAUAUUAAAAAAUGGAGCACUAUCAACCUGCCAGUCAAAAAGGUAGGAAGAGCCAUUCCCAGUACAAA